GCUUUCUGUGUGCUUCUAAUAGAGGAACCAAGAAAUAGCCCUGCAAAAAGGAGAAGUGCCUUGUUGUCCUGACCCCCGGACACACAUCCCACCCCACCUCUGUCCCCAUUCGGUGGCCCGUUCUGUGGAAAGCCACAAACAUUCCAAACCUGGACUUCCACUGAAUCAUCCCAAAUUCUUCGAACUCCACCGGUCCAGGGAAAGAUGGGAGGAACAGGUGGUGGGAGGCGGAGCCAGAUCCCCAAAGAGGUUAAAUAGGUCACCUCCUCCCCUUGGCUGUCAUCCUGUCUCCCCCGAGCAGAGGGACCCACACACAGAGACCGUCUCCUGGGCCACCGCCAGCACCAUGACCCCAGUGAAGAUGCUGCUCCUGGUCACCCUCCUCCUGGGCGCUGCCCUGCGGGACGCCCGUGCAGCCCGAGGGACCAACGUGGGCAGGGAGUGCUGCCUGGAGUACUUCAAAGGGGCCGUCCCCGUCAAUAAGGUGGCGAAGUGGUACCGGACCUCAGACGAGUGUCCCAAGAACGCCAUCGUGUUUGUGACCCUCCAGGGCAGGUCCAUCUGCAUGAACCCCGACGAAACCAGGGUGAAGAAGGCAAUCAAACAUUUGCGGAAAAAACAGGAAGCCAAGUGAUCCCAGCCCCCAGAAGCCCUGAUUUCUCCCUGGACCAUUUGGAAACUUCCCGUAGCCUUGGUGUGGGCUGCCCCAACCCUCAGCUGCCUCAGUCCAGUGGAGGCCCUUCAGGGACAAAGAAGACCCUUGUCCCCCCUUCUGAACUGGAACCGUGGCAGGAAAGGGCCCCAAUUAAAGUCUGUCUUUC